AUUCGGGUAAGAAACUCUGAAAAACUCGCCUAUGGUGAAACCUACCUGCUUCCUGUCACUCUUUCCAUCUUCUUGCUUGUGCAGUUGUGCUGCUUCCUCUCACUUCGAAUCUCCGCUCUAGGUCGUAGCUUCCGGCAAGGCGAUUUCUUUGAAAAUGGGACAGAAAUAUCAUUUAUGUUGCAUUUUUUUCUGGAUUGCUUGCUUGUUACUCUGUGCCUCAUCAGAUGGCUUAAUGAGAAUCAAUCUGAAUAAGAAGUCCUUGGACCUUGAUACUCUGAAUGCAGCUAGAUUAGUGAGAAAGCAGAACAUGUAUAGCCAAUAUAAUGCUAUCCAUCAUAAUCUUGGAGAUUCAGAUAUUGACAUAAUAUCCCUCAAGAACUACAUGGAUGCUCAAUACUUUGGCAUCAUUGGUAUUGGCUCGCCUCCACAAAACUUUACAGUCAUCUUUGACACUGGAAGUUCAAACUUGUGGGUCCCAUCAUCCAAGUGCUAUUUCUCACUUUCAUGUUAUUUUCACCAUAAGUACAAGGCAGGCAAAUCAAGCACUUACACAAAGGAUGGGAAAUCAUGUAAAAUAACUUAUGGUUCUGGGAUGAUUUCUGGCUUCUUUAGCAAGGACAAUGUACUAGUUGGUGAACUAGUUGCCAAAGACCAAAUUUUCAUUGAGACAACUAGAGAAGUUGGUCCAACAUUCUUGCUGGCUAAGUUUGAUGGAAUUGUCGGCCUUGGUUUUCAAGAAAUAUCAGUUGAAAAUGCACCACCCCUAUGGUCUACCAUGCUCAAGCAGGGUCUUAUUGAGAAGGAGAUCUUUUCUUUCUGGCUCAAUAGGAAUCCUGAUGAUGCAAAUGGCGGGGAACUUGUGUUUGGAGGUGUUGAUCCAAAUCAUUACAAGGGCAAUCAUACUUAUGUUCCUGUUACACGAAAAGGAUAUUGGCAGUUUGAGAUGGGUGAUUUUCUGAUUUCUGGAGAAUCUACUGGCUACUGUUCUGGAGGUUGUGCUGCUAUCGUGGAUUCUGGAACUUCAUUGCUCGCUGGUCCCACUACCAUAAUAGCUCAGGUCAAUCAUGCCAUAGGUGCAGAAGGAAUUGUUAGCACAGAAUGUAAAGAAAUUGUUAAAGAAUAUGGAGAAUUGAUACUCGAGUUGUUGAUAGCACAGACACGACCAGAAAAAAUUUGCAAACAAAUAGGCCUGUGUAUUUUCGAUGGGGCUCAAUAUGUUAGCACUGAUAUCCAAUCUGUGGUUGAAAAAGAAAAGAGAAAAGCAUCUGCUAACGGUGAUGUUCUAUGUACUGCCUGUGAGAUGGCUGUGGUAUGGAUUGAAAACCAGUUACGAAAGAAUCAAUCUAAAGAACACAUACUAGCCUAUGUAAACCAGCUCUGUGAACGGCUGCCAAACCCUUUAGGAGAAUCAACUGUUGGUUGUGAUCAGAUUGCAAGCAUGCCAAAUAUCGCAUUUACAAUUGGAAGUAGAAAGUUUAGUCUAACUCCUGAGCAGUAUGUUCUAAAAGUUGAACAAGCAGGCACAGCUGUAUGUUUAAGUGGCUUUAUGGCAUUUGAUGUGCCUUCUUCCCAGGGUCCUCUCUGGAUUCUUGGAGAUGUUUUCAUGGGCGCUUAUCACACUAUAUUUGAUUUUGGUGACGACAGAAUAGGAUUUGCUGAGAGUGCUUAAGAGGUUAAAUACUUUGAUGUGCCUCUCUCUAUAUUAUUUGUACCAUAACAGUGCCAAUAACUAUGGGCCAAGAUUGCAUCUCAACAACUAGCCUUAUGUAUAUAAAUACGUAUGCAAGAAAAUGAGACAGGCAAAUGUUGGUUACGUUGCUACGUACGAGAUAUUGUACAAACAUGUUUUCUGUAUAUCUAGAAGUUUGUAGCAAUUAACUUGUACGUAUUCAUACUUUACAUGUCUGGUUGAAUUAUCCUUUCUUUUCA